AUGGCUGAAGGUUCCAAAGCACCUUCUACUCAAGAUGACACUGCGAUCAGCCAAAAUAUCCUCCCGAAUGAUUCGUUUGUAAACUUAAUCGGACGACAAUCUAAAUUAUUUGAGGAAUUCGGCAAACAUCAAACUAAAGUAUUCGAAGAAUUUGGUAAACAACAAACUAAAAUAUUUGUCGAAUUCGGUAAUAAAAUGAGUAUAGAAUUACAAACUUCUUAUCAAGAAUAUCUUAAGCAACAAGUUGAAAACACUGUUAAAGCAGAAAAGAAUUCCCUUCAAUUCGAAAAGGUUUGCAGGAAAUAUGAGGAAGAUAUUGUUUCUCUAAGAGCUCGUAUUGAAGAAUUGGAAUCUGAAUCGAUUAUUAAAAAUCAGAACGUUGAUAAUCUUCUGCAAGUAACUAAAAAUUUAAAAAAGGAUUUUCAAUUAAUUCUCGAAAAUAAUAACAAACAAGUGGAAUUUCAAGAUGUUGAUAAUGAAAAUUGCAAAGUUUUGGAAAUUCCGGAAAUAGAUUCCAUCUUAACGAAAGAUGAUAAUUGCAAAAUUCCUGAGGAAGAACCUUCUUUAACAAAGGAUGAAAGCUGCAAAGUUUUGGAAAUACCGGAAUUAAUUAAUCAAUUAGAUUCCAGUGAAAUGCUUGAGGAAUUUAUCGUGAAGCGCGCUAGGCGGCCAGAAAAGCCAGGUAUCUUAGGUAAAGAGGUUAUGUUGAAGGCAAACUUCAUAGGCGUUACUAAUUUUGGUUAUCCGGAAAUAUAUUUUUAUUCUUUUAAAUUUAACGGAAUAACAGUAUUAUCAGUUAAAGGCAAAGUAAUACAAAUGAAAUUGUCCGAAUUAUUUGGGCCAAACGCUUUUCCAGUUUAUGAUGUUAGUCAUGUAUAUUCACCAACCAAACUUGCAAUAGGUCAUACCAAACAAACAAUGAAUCAUGAUAUCACAGUACCUGGAGUUGACGGUUCAGGACGGGGAAAAACUUUCAGAGUCGAAAUCAAACAUCAAGGAAAGAUCAUCCUUAAUACCAUUAGAGAUUACGUUAAAAAUAACUCAAGAACUCCUUGGGAUGGAAGAAUCCAAAGUAAUCUGAGUGCUUUAAAUGCUUUUGCAAAUAACAAAGUUUUAUCAGAGUACUUUUCUGUGAUGAAGGCCAUCUUUCCACCUUCUUGUGUUAACAAUCCUAUUUAUUUGCCGGGAGGAAUUGAAAUGAGAUAUGGAUUUUUUCAAUCAAUAAGGCCUGGAUGGGGAAGACUUAUAAUAAAUGUGGGUACACGUGCUACCACCUUUUAUCCAGCGGCACCUAUAAUUGAUAUUAUACCCAAAAUAUUUCGCGAAAAACAUGAAAAAUCAAGAGAUGAUUUAAGACAAGGUCUUGAUCAAAAUGAAAUUGACUUUCUUAAUUGGUACCUUAAAGGUGUCAGAGUGUUUGUGACUCUCAGAUCAGACUAUCGCAAACAAAAAUAUAGGGUGUUUCGUGUGGAUCGACAAUCAGCUGAUGUAGCUAGAUUCAAACAAGGCAAUAAAGAGAUUACA